GGCGGUUUCAAUUCACAAGAGAGCGGAGGAAGAAGAAAACCCAAACAACAAUCGGAGAGAGAGAGAGAGAGACAGAGACAAACAAGAAAGAAACAAUCAGAAAAUCAUCCCCAAUUCGAAAAAUUUAGGGUUUCAGAACUCUGCAGGGAAUGCGGAAAGAUGAAAUUUGCUUCGUUGAUUCAGUUUGAGUUGAUCGGAAGAUCCAAAACCUUCAUCAUCGGCGGCAGAAAUUGCCACCGGAAACACGUCGAAGACGGGUGAUCUAUCUCCUCUCUCUUUCUCCUCCCCAUUUACCUUCUUUUAACUUCAUUUCAAUUCAACUCACUCUGUAUACAAAAAUCACCUAAUCUCGAUUCAAUCGAGUUCAAAUCCGAUGGCGGAUAAAGGCAGAGACGGCGGUUACUCAAGUUUACUCGAUGGGAAGUACGAAUUAGGCCGUCUUCUAGGGCAUGGUACCUUCGCUAAGGUUUAUCAUGCUCGGAAUCUGAGGACGGGGAAGAGUGUCGCGAUGAAAGUGGUUGGGAAGGAGAAGAUAAUCAAAGUCGGCAUGACGGAGCAGAUCAAGAGAGAAAUCUCUGUGAUGAAAAUGGUGAAGCAUCCGAAUAUUGUGGAGCUUCAUGAGGUAAUGGCGAGUAAAUCGAAGAUCUAUUUCGCUAUGGAGUUUGUUAGAGGCGGCGAACUGUUCUCCAAAAUUGCGAAAGGUCGGCUACGAGAGGAUGUAGCUAGGGUUUACUUUCAACAAUUAAUCUCUGCAAUCGAUUUCUGUCAUAGCCGUGGAGUUUACCACCGUGAUCUGAAACCGGAAAAUCUCCUUCUCGAUGAAGACGGUAACCUUAAGGUAACCGAUUUCGGCCUCACCGCUUUCUCAGAACACUUGAAGCAAGACGGAUUGUUGCAUACAACGUGCGGAACUCCGGCGUACGUCGCACCAGAGGUCAUCGGAAAGCAAGGAUACGACGGCGCUAAGGCCGACCUGUGGUCAUGUGGAGUCAUCCUUUACGUUCUUCUCGCCGGAUACCUUCCAUUCCAAGACGACAACAUGGUGGCCAUGUACAGGAAGAUUUACAGAGGCGACUUCAAAUGUCCGCCGUGGUUCUCCCCUGAAGCCCGUCGGCUCAUCACGAAGCUGCUAGAUCCAAAUCCCGUGACCAGAGCCGGUAUCACGAAGAUUACAUCCUCGUCUUGGUUCAAGAAAUCGGUACCGAAAACUCUGAUUAGGAAGGAUGAACAAGAACAAACAGAGGAGAAUUUCACAAAAUCAAAGCCACCGGCGGAAACAUUAAACGCGUUCCACAUAAUAUCUCUAUCGGAAGGGUUUGAUCUGUCGCCACUGUUUGAAGAGAAGAAAAGGGAAGAGAAAGAGGAGAUGAGAUUCGCAACAUCGUCGACGGCGAGCAGUGUGAUAUCGAAGCUCGAGGAAGUGGCGAAGGCGGUGAAGUUCGAUGUGAAGAAGAGCGAAACACGGGUUCGAUUGCAGGGGCAGGAGAUGGGGAGAAAAGGGAAACUGACGAUUGCGGCGGAUAUCUUUGCGAUGACGCCGUCGUUUGUGGUGGUGGAGGUGAAGAAGGAUAACGGAGAUACAUUGGAGUAUAAUCAGUUCUGCAGGAAGGAGCUCCGGCCGGCAUUGAAGGACAUUGUUUGGACUUCUCCGACGGGGAAUUCGACACCAGCUUGAAGAAGAAGAUGGAUCAGAUUAUGUUGAGAUUUGAAGUAGGAGUAAGAUUUGAGUAGUUUUUGUUAUGUUAUGUCAAAAUUGAUAAAUUGGAAUGAGGAUGAUGAUGAUGUCUUGUAGUUUGUUAAUUUUUUAGUUUCAUGAUUUGUGAUAAAUCAUAAAUGGAUGGGUCCUUAGCCAAUUUGUUCAA